AGUUUUGUAAUAACCACCAGCCGAGAGCACCAUGUUGCCCCGCAGCCUCAUCAAAACCCUCAAACACUCCCAAAUAUUACAAAGAACUUUUGCUAGUGAUGCGAAGGGUGAAGUGACCAGUUUCUACGACUUUCAUGGGGAAAACGGCGGCAAAAUCGUCAAUUUCGGGGGCUUUUUGCUGCCUGUUCAGUACGCCGACUUGAGCAUCGUCAAUUCGCAUUUACAUACCAGGAAAAAUGCUUCUUUAUUCGACGUUUCGCAUAUGCUGCAAACGGAAAUCAAAGGCAAGGAUUGUAUCCAGUAUUUGGAAACGGUUUGCACAGCAGACAUACAAGGUUUGUCGAACAAUUCGGCUUCGUUAACAGUGUUUACGAAUCAAAACGGAGGCAUUUUGGACGAUUUAAUCGUAACCAAAGUCGCAGACGAUCACCUCUACGUAGUUUCAAACGCUGCAAUGAAAAACCAGGACAAAAACCACAUGUUGCAAGCUCUGGAGACGCACAAGAAGAAGAACCCUUCCUCCAACAUUUCUAUACAGUUCUUCGAACCGCUGGAAAGAGGGCUGUUGGCCCUGCAAGGUCCAAAAGCUGCUGAAGCUUUGCAAAAGCUCGUGGAAGUUGACCUUAGUCAACUGUACUUCAUGAACACCACAACUGGUUCCGUUGCUAACGUUCCCAAUUGCAGAAUCACACGUUGCGGUUACACAGGAGAAGAUGGCUUUGAAAUUUCGAUGCCGGCGAAGGACGGCGUCAAAAUUGCUAAAGAACUUCUGAACAACGAAAGUGUGAAGCUGGCAGGACUGGGAGCAAGAGAUUCGUUAAGGUUAGAGGCCGGACUAUGUCUUUACGGCAACGACAUCACUCCAGAAACGACCCCAAUUGAUGCAGCCUUAACUUGGUUGGUCGCCAAAAGGAGGAGGACGACUGCUGACUUCCCCGGUGCCGAAACUAUUUUGAAGCAAAUCAAAGAGGGCUCCUUAAGGAAGAGGAUUGGAGUUGUUUCCGAAUCGGGACCACCAGCACGACACGGUGCGGCCAUUGUCGACGAAACUGGAAAGGAAGUGGGGAAAAUUACUUCCGGAUGUCCGGCCCCGAGUUUGGGAAAAAAUGUUGCCAUGGGUUACGUGCCAACUGAUCUCAGCAAAGUGGGUACCAAGUUGAGCUUGAAGAUUAGAGAAAAAUUGUAUCCCGCCGUUGUUAGCAAAAUGCCUUUUGUUAAAGCUAAUUAUUAUAACAAACCUAAAUAAACUAAAUAGAAUGUUGAA